UGCCGCCGAGAUGACGACUGGAAUGUUUCUCCGAACCGCCGUCAGUUGCUGGAUCGGUAAAACCCUAUGGAGCUUUAUUCGGACGUAGAGUUUCUGCAGCGAUUCCGGUUCACGAAGAACGCCGUGCUCUCCGUACUGAGCCAGCUGUCCCUCCCAGACGUUACGGACAACAGAGGUCACCCCCUGCCUCCAAUGCUGAAACUGCUGGUGACUCUUCGGUUUUACGGUGCUGGGGCAUUUCAGACCGGUAUCGGUGAUCUCGUCAAAAUAUCGCAGCCAGCUACAUGUAAUGCAAUUUGGGCAGUGACGAGGAGCAUAGCUUCGGAGCUUUACCCAAAAUACGUGAAAUUCCCUUCUGCGUCCGAAGCACCGUCAGUUAUGGCUCGAUUUCACUCCAUUGCCGGAUUUCAAAGGGUGACAGGCUGUAUUGACUGCACUCACGUACCCAUAAACAGCCCUGGAGGAAGUGACGCUGAGGUUUACAGAAAUAGGAAAGGCGUGUUCUCCAUCAACGUGCAGGCAAUCACUGGCCCGGAACUUCAGUUUUUCGACAUCGUUGCCAGCUGGCCGGGGUCAGUUCAUGAUAGCCGCAUAUUUGAAAACAGCAGAGUACGAGUUCUGUAUGAGGAAGGCAGGAUUCCUGGCAUUUUGCUCGGGGAUAAAGGAUACCCGUGUUCGCCGUUUCUGUUGACGCCACUCAGCAAUCCCAGAACCCCGCCAGAGAGGAGGUAUAACACGAGUCACAUAAAAACACGCAACUCCGUGGAAAGAACGUUCGGAGUUUGGAAAAGGAGGUUCCCGUGUCUCCGUAUGAAGUUGCAAAACAAGAUAGAGAGAUCUGCUGCUAUCGUCUGCGCUUGCGCAGCGCUCCACAACGUCGCCUGCGCGCUGAAUGACCCGUGCCCGAAUGAUGGAACAGAUGCAUCGGAAGACGACUUCAGUGUUCCUGCCAAUCGCGGAGAUAGCCUCUUGGGAGCGCAGAUACGACGUAGUCUUAUACAGACCGAUUUUUCUGGUGUGCACCAGAGCAAUCUGGAUAUUGCUUGA